CCAUCCGGGCCAGCGCUCCGGGAUGGGCUCCGCUGCGGCCGCGGCUCGGAGCCGCCGGAGCCUCGGGAGCCGCGGCCGGCUCGGGGUGAAUUCCCCGGGAACAGGUACCGGGCUCGCCCCUCCCUGCCCGCGGGGCGGGAGCGAGGGGCAGGCUCGGGCUGUGCCCACACCCACUCGAGUCCCGGCGGGGAGAGAGGAGAGCCGGGAGCGCUCCCGGAGCCAUGGGGAACAUCGCCUGUGUCCCGCAGGCUCCCGGCGGCUUCAGGAGCUCCUUCCGAAGGAAACCCUCGCUGAAGAAGGAGCAAAAUGGCAAGAAAAAGCUGCCCAGCUUUUUUGGGAUAGACGGAGGCCAGGAGAGGGACACAACCACGGACAAAAUCCUGCAGUAUAUUCCAGCAAAGAUUAUUCAGAAGCAGGAAAACCAGAAGGAAAACUUGGACCAGAGGUUCCCCAGCCUGUUCAAGAAGGGCCGAAGGAAAACGAUUGUCAGGAAUUUGGGCAAAAUGAUUUAUUACUCCAAGGUCAAGUUUAAGUUCCAGCACUGCCAGGAGGUCAACAACUGCUUCCUGGAGCUGUUCCAGUCCUACCUGUACUUCCAGUCCACGGGUCCCAAUGGCCUCACCUACCAGGGGCUGCUGCCUCUGAAGGAGCUGGAGGUGCGGGAGCUGGGGGCUGGGCAGAGCCCCGGGCAGCAGGAGCACGCUUUCCACAUCUCAGGACCUCUGCUGAACCCCCUGGUCGUGUUCUGCUCGUCGGAGGCCGAGCUGAAGCAGUGGCUCUACCACCUGGAGAAGCAGAUCCAGCUCUGUGGAGGGGACCUGGCCUUGCCCCUGCUGUCCCAGAGCGGCUGGACGCCGAGCACCGGUGACAAGGAGGAGCUGCGCUGGUCCAUGCAGAACCUGCCCGUGCAGGAAUGGAGAGGAACCCAGCGGGAAUCCCUGGGAGAAAUCCUCUGUGUCUCCAAGGUGAAGCUCCAGCACCUGCCCUUCCAGGAGCAGCACGACCGGCUGCUGGUGCUCUACCCCUCCACGCUGGUGAUCGUGUCCGAGGAGCCCGAUGGCCUCUGUUUCAAGGGAGAGCUCCCACUCAACGCCAUCCAGGUGCUGUUCGAGGAGAACGACAAAAGCUCCUUUUUGAUCGAAGGCCGGCUGAUAAACUCCAUCCGGGUGACCUGUCCCAGCUACCAGGACUACCAGGAGUGGCUCUACUGCCUGAAAACCGCGCAGUUCCGAAACGCAGACUCCUCCCUCUCGGGCUCCGAGAGCUUCUCGGGGCCAAAGCCGCCGCAGGCCGGGCAGUUCCCCAGCAGUGGCAGAGGGUCCCUCAGCUCGGAUGGCCGGACGAACUCCUGGGCGUCGGGAGGGAGAGUGACCACGCUGACACAGCUGUCCCAGGCCAGCGGCUCCCUGCCCGACGGCCACUCCCUCCUGCUGGGCACCGAGGGCCGGCUGCUGGAGGAGCCGCUGUCCCCUGGCUACUCCCAGCCCCUCCAUAGCCUGGCACAGCCCAGCUGGCCCAGCUCAGCGCUGCCCACGCAGGAGCUGCGCAGGGGGAACAGCGGCAAGAGCGGCGGGCAGCAGCUGCCCAGCCAGGAGCCAGCCAGGAGCCUCUGCAGCCUCGUGUCCCAAAUCCCCGCGGCAGAAAUGCAGUCCCCGGUGUACCAGGAGCCCUACUCAGCACACGGCUCCCAGCUGGAGCUGGGCAGGUUGGAUAUUCCAUAUCCACACAUGUAUCCCGCUCCCCAUCUCGGUGCAGGUGGCAGCUCUGGUCCCCAGGAGCUGGCCGAUGUCCCCUGUCCCUGCCAGGACAGCCCGUCCCAGCACGACUACGCCGAGCUGCAGAGCUUCCAGAGCGACUUCAGCUACGACAACCUGUGGGAGGCUGAGGAGAGGGAGCCGUGCUCGCGCUGCUCCCCGUGUGCCCAGCACAUCUACCACGUCUAGGGCUGCUCCAGCCGGGGAAAAGCUCCGGCCUCUUCCCUCCCUGGGCUUCCCUCCGGGAUCAGGGGCCCAGGGAUGUGAUGGGAACAGCCCUGAGCUCUGCUCCCUGUGUCCUGGCACCUCCAGGGCUCCAAUUCCUGCCCCAAAUCUGGGAUUUGAGGAAGGGAAGAGCCCUGAGCUCUGCUCCCUGUGUCCUGGCAGCUCCAGGGCUCCAAUUCCUGCCCUAAAUCCGAGGGUGGGGGCAGAGCACAGCAGCCCCAGGCUCUGUGGGGCUGCAGGAGCAGGAGGGGGCUCAGGGAGAACAGCUUUGCCCCCUGAAAAUCGAGGAGCAGAAAGGGUCAGGCUCCCUCAGGUGAAAGGGACUCGGUGUCCAGAGGGAGCAGCCACUCAAAAACCAAAAAGGAGCCUGGAUUAUUUGGGUUCUUCUCCCCAGAGCCCGCAGCUGGUCCCUCUGAGGAUCCCCUGGGAGCAGCCAAAGCUUCCCCCGGUGAGCUCUGGAGGCUCAGGGCAUUCCCCACCCUGGCACACACCCUGGCAGCUCCCAGGAUUGUCCUCCUGCACCAUCAGAGGCAGCAGAGAGGGGAUGGAGGGGGAAAAACCCCGACCAGAUCCGAGCACAGUGGGAUUUCCCUUCCACUUUAUGCCAGCAAAAUCCCUUCCUGCCGGUGCCACCAAACCUGGUGCCAGUAAAAAUGCCGGGUGAUGUGUGCUCCCUGAGGUCCUCCCUGCAGAGGAAACCCCAAAUUCCCCUCAGGGGAUCCCUCCCAGCCCAUCUGGGCUCACCCCAAACGCUGCCUGUGGAAAUCCCCUGCAGGAGAAACCCCGGGAUGGGCAAAGCCCCGCAGUCACAGCAGUGCCAGGGGAGCUGGCAUGUCCCUGAUGUCCCUCUGGGCCCCUCCAGAGCCAGGACAGGACACAAACAAGGGACAGAAUCUCAGGGUUAUGGUUUUCCAGCCUCUUAGGCCAGAUCCUUCAGAAGGUCAGCAGCAAAUCCCAAUGUUUUCACCUGAGGCUCUAAAUUCUUAACCUUUGUUCCCUGCAGAGGCUGCAAAUCAAGCACAGCAACAAAACCUCUGCUUUGGUUCUUCCUCUGGUGCAACCACAACAAUUUGUACUUGAAUAUCUCUGCUUGUAUUUUCUUUUUCUUUUUUUUUUUUUUUUAGGAGGUAUCCAACAAAGUUUACAUGUAAAGUCUGAGUGGGUUCUGUGUAUUUAAAUGUAAAUGUGGCUGAGUUGAAGAGUUAUUUAAUUUUCUAGCUGUGGCUGGUGUUCAGUUCUGUAAAAGGGGCACACUCAGGGCUGUGUGGGCUCGGGUCUUGGAGCUGUUGUUGUUUUCUCUCAGGUUUGCUCUGUUUUGGGGAGAGGAUUUGUAGCUGUUAACCCCCCAAAGAUCUAUUUAUUCUGAACAAAACCAUGCUAGGGGACAUCUCAAAUGCCCUGGGAGGUCCCCAUGCCCCUGAGUGAGCACUCUGAGGGUCACCAUCAUAUUUGAAUGCACUUACAACAGCAAUGAUCAAAGGGGGAGAUCCCUUUUCUCUUGAUAUUAAAGUUCCUUGUGGAUUUCUGUGA